AUGUUAUUGCUUGCCAAAUCAAUAGGGAUACACCAUGUAGAGGUUGUCGUUGAUUUGAAAAGUGAUAUUGGUCAGUCGAGUAGCUCUGGGUCGCUGCGUGUGGGAGAUAAGGAAAAAAUUGAUGCACUUCGGAGAUUUUGCCACCAGAAGGAGAAGGUCUUAUUGUCAACCCCUUGGGCAAAUGGUAUUACACAUGUGGGACAAUGCUCUGUAGGAGGUGCACAAAAAUUUCGUGAUGUUUUAUGUAAGUAUGCAAUCCAAUACGGAUUUCAGUUUACGUAUGUCGAGAACAAUACAACAAGGGUUACUGUGAAUCCGAGAGUUAGUUCUGAUUUGGUGUCGAGAACUAUAUUAGAAAUUGUGAGGGACAAGCCGUUGACUCAGCCGUAUGAGGUGGUGACUAUUUUGAAGAGAGGUUAUGGGCUAGAUGUGAGUUACCACGUGGUAUGGUUGGGCGUGGUGAAAGCAAAGGUUGUUAUUCAUGGAGAUCACUCAUUAUCAUUUGACCAGUUGCAGUGGUAUUCGGAUGCUGUGAUGCGUUACAAUCCGGGGAUUAUGUCAAUAUUGACUAUGACGCGAGUAGUCAACAGUUUUGUCGUUUCUUUGUAUAAUUCGCUGCGUGUAUUUCUGGGUACAAUUCUUGUCGGUCUUUAUUAUUCCUUGAUGGAACAUUCCUCAAAGGAAAGUCUAUUCCCUGUUGCAUUUGUGAUUAUUGAUUCAAAGACCACAACCAAUUGGUCAUGGUUCUUGCACGAACUUGGGAAGGUUGUUGAUGGUAAGCGUCAAAUUACUUUUAUUUCGUACCGUAAUCUUGGUCUGUUAGAAGCGAUCCCGAAGGUGUUCCCAUUUGCUCAUCAAGGUUAUUACUUACAACACUUGAAGAACAAUUUAAGAAACCGGAUGAAGGGAAUUGAUAAUGGAUUUAGGGACCACCUGGUUAGUAGUUUGGGUGACUGUGCUUACAAGCCAACUGUGGUAGGAUUCCAUGAAAAGCUUGAGAAAUUAAAAAAUGAGGAGACGUAUUGUGCAGCCUAUUCGGAUGCCAUAUUCCCUAUACCGUUGGUGGAAAAGUCACAUUUUGAUCCCACAAACUUCACAACACACCCAUCAAUUGUGAAAAUACCACCCGACAUGUCAAAAAAGAAUAGAAUCCCAUCAAGAGGUCUAUUCCAUGUUGCAUUUGUGAUUAUUGAUUCAAAGACCACAACCAAUUGGUCAUGGUUCUUGCACGAACUUAGGAAGUUUGUUGAUGAGUCAUUUAAUGAUUGGAUUAAAGAAGCACGCAAUCUUCCUAUCACUCGGAUGAUGGACACAAUUCGUAUUCAGUUGUUGCAGCAAAUGUCUGCGCGGCGUGACCAAGCAAACACGUGGAAUGAGCUUAUUUGUCCUAUAUUCGAAACAAUGCUUCUUGAUUCACUCAACGACAGCAGGUCUUGGCAAGUUAGCAAAGCCAAUGAGGAUGUGUUUGGGGUUCAUUCGAUACCAUCUGUUACAAUUGAUAUUGCAAGGCGUGAGGAAGCUCAAUUUUUGCAAAUCUUCUACCAAUUCCUCAAGUCUCUAAGCCAAAUCUCAAUGGAAGGCAAACAUUAUGUUGCAAUAAGAUUACGUUGUGUUGGCAAACUUAGUAUUUGA